AAUGGGCGUGACGAGAGGGCAAAGGUCAUGCCUCAUCUUGUGGGCAUUAAUUAGAGUCGGAAACAGUACAAUUAUACAUCAUGCCUAAGUAUUUCUGCGACUACUGUGACACUCAUCUCACUCAUGACUCGCCUUCUGUACGCAAGACACACAACUCUGGGCGUAAGCACAAGGACUCAGUGAAGCUCUACUAUAUGAACUGGCUAGAACAAGAGGCACAAAACAUGAUGGACUCAGGUGGAUUGAUGCGCCCUGGCUUCCCUCCUGGUGGUAUGCUCCCUCAUCCUGGUAUGAUCCCUCCUCCUGGAAUGUUUGCCCCACCAAUGCCUGGAGGUAUGCUUCCCCCUCCUCCCAUGAUGACUGGUCCUCCCAUGGCCAUGAUGCCUCCUCCUACCAUUCCUCCUCAACAACAAUAAACUAUUAACUUCCUAGCUUAUCAAAUUACAGUAGUCUUUUUGUGUAUAAUUACAAUGUAGUUAA